GCAGAGGAAGAUGAUUACAGCGAGGAAGAAAGCGCCAAAAUGGAAAUGAAGCAGGAUAGUAACGGCUCCUGCGAGUCAGCAGCAAAAGCAGAGAAAGGGGAUGAGAAACCCGACUCCAAAGGUGCUGUCACUGGUGAGAGGCAGAGCGGGGACGGGCAGGAGAGCACCGAACCUGUUGAGAAUAAAGUCGGGAAAAAAGUUCCCAAGCACCUGGACGACGACGAGGAUCGCAAGAACCCGGCUUACAUCCCACGCAAAGGGCUCUUCUUUGAGCACGACCUCCGAGGGCAGACGCAGGAGGAGGAGGUCAGGCCGAAGGGUCGCCAGCGGAAGCUGUGGAAGGACGAGGGCCGCUGGGAGCACGACAAAUUCCGCGAGGAUGAGCAAGCCCCCAAGACCAGGCAGGAGUUGAUCGCGCUCUAUGGCUACGACAACAGGGCGGGUCACAACCCCGACGACAUCAAGCCCAGGAGGAUGCGCACAACGAGGUUUGGGAGUCCUCCCCAGCGAGACCCAAACUGGUCCAGUGAGCGGCCAAAUAAGCCCCCGAGGCACCAGAGCACAGACGGCACUUCGGCUGCCCCGCGCACCUUCACCAACAGGAGCUCCGCAGGCACGGGGAGGAUGCCGCCACCUCGGAACUACCCAAGGAUGGGGGGCUACAAAGAGACCCGUCCGAGCUACCGAGCUUCAGAAGCGAGCGUCCAGCACCUCUCUCGGAACGGCGAGCAAGUGAAACAGGAGAGUGGGUACCGAGCGAAGCGUGCGGAGCAAACCCCGCCGAGGGACAAGGCUCCCGAGGUGGAAGCG